GUGCUGACAUACAACUGAGGAGAACGCCGCUUGUGCAGUUCCAGCAAUGUCUCGCUUUCCCCUCCUCGGAAGCUGCCUUCUUCUGCUCUUCAUGAUAGUGGUUGUGCAAGACGUGAAUGGCAGACGUGAAUGGCAGAAACCAAGGAGGAAGAGAGAGUGGGUCGUUCCUCCACCGCUUCUGAUGGAGCACAAGGAUUACACCAAAAGGGCAUUCAUUGCCAAAGUAAGAUCUGAUAAAGAGCAACCAACUGAACGAUUACUCUACUAUUUACAUGGGCAUGGUGCCGACCAACCACCGAUUAACUUGUUUGUUGUCAACCAAACAUCUGGUUUUGUUCGAAUUACUGACAUUUUGGACAGAGAAGUCAUGCAAAACUACACUCUAUAUGCCUCCGUGCGCUUUGCCCGGAACAUGACAUUAGCAGAAGACCAUCUAACGAUGAGUAUUCGUGUUACUGAUAUAAACGAUCAAGCGCCUAUAUUUCAGGAAUCAGGCCUGCCAACUGGCUCUGUUUAUGAGUCAAGUUCGAAGGGUACUGUAGCCACACAAGUGAGUGCCACAGACGCUGACGAACCUGGGACCACUAACGCAGACCUUCGAUAUGAAAUUAUUAAGCAGGAACCAGAAUCCAAACCGAGGAUGUUCGACAUCGAGCCAAAAACAGGAGAAAUUAAAGUUAACAGGCCAACCCUUGACCGAGAGAUGCAAAACACCUAUGCGUUGACUGUAAAAGCCACAGACCUGGGUGGUGCAGCAUCUGGCAGGACCGGAACAGGAACAGUUAGCAUUAAGAUCCUGGACAUCAAUGACAACCGUCCCGUCUUAACAAAUGCCACGUAUUCAGGCCAAAUCCAGGAAAAUGCCGUCGGUGUAGAAGUGAUGCGAUUUAAAGCAACGGACGCGGAUGAAGUGGACACCGAUAACUGGCGCGCAAAAUUCCAAAUACUCUCAGGAAAUGAGGAUGGGAUCUUCAGCAUGGAGACUGACCAUGAGACCAACGAGGGCGUUUUAACCGUAACCAAGCCAGUGGAUUAUGAAACCAUGAAAGAGAUCAACCUGGAAGUAGCUGUUGAUAACGAAGCAGAAUAUGAAUUUGGAAAAGGUGCAGGGAGAGGCAAACGUCGUAAGAAAUACCCUGUUAACAUCAAGGUCCAGAACAUGCCGGAUGGUCCCAGGUUUGUACCGAACACAAAGACCAUUUCAGUCUCCGAAGACAAGGACAAAAUCACUGUUCCAAUGCUGCUCACAGACUAUGCAGCUGUUGAUGAGGACAGUGGAGAGAUCGCCAAAAAUGUCAGGUACGCAAAGAUCUAUGAUCCUGCGGGCUGGAUAGCAGUGGAUAGUGAGACAGGACAAAUCAAACUCACAAGAGUGCCAGAUCGGGAGUCUAGGAAUGUGGUUGAUGGUGUAUACUAUGCAAAAGUACUCUGCAUGACAGAUGACUUGCCAUCAAAAUCAGUCACUGGGACGAUUGCUAUUGCAGUGGAGGACGUCAACGACCAUUGUCCCCAGCUAACCACCAGCUAUCAGGACCUGUGCCUGGAGGACACUGCGGUGUACGUCACCGCUCACGAUGAGGACGGCCUCAUCAACAGCCUGCCCUUAACAUUUCAGCUGCUGAGCGAGGGCACCACGGGCUCCUGGAACAUGGCACGCUUCAAUGACACCACCGUCGUCCUGACAGCCAAGGAUUUCCUCCAGCCUGGCACCCACAAGGUGGCCUUCGAAGUGAGAGACAGCUUAGGCUACGCCUGUACCGAGCCUGAGGUUCUCGAGCUGACGGCCUGCCUCUGCGCCGGCGACCGGGCCUGCGUGCGUGAGGAUCCGAGGAUGUCCCCGGACGUGGGGGUUAAAAGCGGCCAUGGCUCGUUCGCCGGCCCCGCCAUCGGCAUCCUCGUGGGCGCGCUUUUACUGCUUCUGCUGGUUCCUCUGCUGCUCCUGGCCUGCUCCUCUGGGAGCGGUCUGCUGGCGAAGAAGUUUGUGAGUCUGCCGUUUGAGACAUCUAACGGGCAUCUGAUACCAUCUCACACAGAAGGCAAGGGCGAAGACAAGGAGGGCGCACGGGACACUAAAAAGGAGAAGGAGUAA